AUGGCUGAUCCAAAAAUUGAAGAAAUACUGGCUCCUUUACGGGCUAGUGUUAAAAGUCAAGGUGAUUUAGUUAGAAAAUUAAAGGAAGAGAAAGCUCCAGAAAUGGACAUUAAAAAAGCUGUAGCUGAAUUAAAGGCAAGAAAAAAAAUCUUAGAGGAAAAAGAGUUAAGCCUUGCGCCUACUGAAGAAUUAUUUGACCGGGCCAAAAUGGAAGAUCUUAUUAAAAGGAGGUUCUUUUAUGAUCAAUCUUUUGCUAUUUAUGGUGGCAUAACUGGUCAGUUUGAUUUUGGUCCAAUGGGAUGUGCACUUAAAAGUAACAUGAUUCAACUAUGGAGAAAAUAUUUCAUCCUUCAGGAACAAAUGCUAGAGGUCGAUUGUUCUAUUCUCACUCCUGAGCCUGUAUUGAAGGCAUCUGGACAUGUAGAAAGGUUUGCUGACCUCAUGACAAAGGAUGUCAAAUCUGGAGAAUGUUUCCGAUUAGAUCAUUUAAUAAAAGCUCAUCUUGAAAAAAUAAAGAGUGAAAAAAAUACAAAGGCAGAACUUAAAUUUGAAAUUGAGGAUAUCUUAGUCAAGUUGGAUGGUAUGAAUGCAGAGGAGAUGUCAGCUCUUAUGAAAAGAUUUGAUAUGAAGUCACCUAUUAGUGGAAAUGAGCUUACUCCACCUAUAGAGUUUAAUCUCAUGUUCAACACACAAAUUGGCCCUUCUGGUUUGGUAAAAGGGUUUUUGAGACCAGAAACAGCACAAGGCAUAUUUGUCAAUUUCAAACGCCUAUUAGAAUUCAAUCAAGGUCGCUUACCAUUUGCUGCUGCCCAGAUCGGUAAUUCAUUUAGAAAUGAGAUCUCACCUCGCUCUGGUCUUCUAAGAGUAAGAGAGUUUACAAUGUGUGAGAUUGAACACUUCUGUGAUUCUAAGGACCAUCCUAAAUUUGAAACAGUAAAAGACACUAAAAUGUUAUUUUAUUCUGCUGAUAGUCAGGAACAAGGGAAAGCUGCAGAGAUAAUGACAAUAGGAGAAGCUGUGGCUAAAAAAAUUGUCAACAAUGAGACUUUAGGCUAUUUUAUGGCAAGAAUCCAUUUGUAUAUGCUAGCAGUAGGAAUUGAUCCUAAAAAGUUGAGGUUCAGGCAACACAUGGGCAAUGAGAUGGCUCAUUAUGCAUGUGAUUGUUGGGAUGCUGAGUGCCUUACCAGUUAUGGAUGGGUGGAAUGUGUAGGCUGUGCUGAUAGAUCUGCGUAUGACCUUACGCAACAUACUGGAGCUACUGGUAUAAGACUGGCGGCUGAGAAAAAACUGCCAGCUCCUAAACAGAUUGAGAUUGUGGAAGCUGUGCCAAACAAAGCAGCAAUUGGCAAAGAAUUUAAAAAGGAUGCUAAAGUUAUCAAUGAUUCAUUGGCAGCGUUAGAACCCUCAGCUUUGGAAGAAUUACAAAAUAAACUUGAAAGUGAUGGAGAGUAUAAUCUUAUUACUCCAAAUGGUAACUUUAUACUUACUUCUAAUCUUGUAAGUGUCAAGAAGAGCCAAAAAACUAUUCACGUAGAAGAAAUAAUACCAAGUGUUAUUGAACCCUCAUUCGGUAUUGGCAGGAUUCUAUAUACCAUCUUGGAACAUAGCUUUAGGAUGAGGGAAGGUGAUGAACAAAGAACCUACUUCUCCUUGCCCCCAGCAGUAGCACCAAUGAAGUGUGCUGUUUUACCACUAAGUGGCAAUUCAGAAUUUCAGCCAUUUGUAAGAGAAUUGUCGAAGGAAUUAACAUCUGUUGAUGUAUCACAUAAAGUUGAUGAUUCUUCAGGAUCUAUAGGACGUCGAUAUGCUAGGACAGAUGAGUUAGGAGUUCCAUAUGCUAUUACUGUGGACUUUGAUACAAUGAAAGAGCCACAUACAGUCACAUUGAGAGAAAGAGAUAGUAUGGGACAAGUACGACUCCCUCUUACUGAUGUACCAUUAGUUGUAAGAGAUCUUGCAAAUGCUAAAAUAUCAUGGGCUGAUGUGGAAGGAAAAUAUCCCAAGUUUGAACAGCAGGAGAAUGUUAAAGGUGCAGCGGCAUGA